UGGUGCAGGCCAACCCCCAGAUAUUGCAGGUUAUUCUCUCAUCUGUUUUUUAUGCUAGUCACGUGCUUUCAUUUUCCUUUGUCUCCACAACCCUUUCUGAAUGGUUUUGUUUAUUGGGUUUUGGCAGCCUAUGCUUCAAGAAUUGGGGAAGCAAAACCCUCAUCUAGUGAGACUUAUCCAAGAGCAUCAGGCUGAUUUUCUUCGCUUGAUCAAUGAACCUGCAGAAGGUGGAGAGGGGUGAGUCGUAUCACUUUGUUUCCAAGUUCUUGAACCUAUUGGGCCAGUUGGCAGACGCAAUGCCACGAGCUGUACAAGUCACGCCCGAGGAACGUGGAGCCAUAGAACAGCUGGAAGCAAUGGGGUUUGAUCGAGCAACUGUGCUCCGAGUCUUCUUUGCCUGCAACAAGAACGAGGAACUAGCAGCCAACUACCUUUUAGAUCAUAUGAACGAUUUUGAGGAUUAAUUGGGUAAAAAAGUUAAUGGCUGGGGGAA